CGCAAUAAGAGCUCGCGGCGCGCGCGAGCUUUUUUAACUAUUAGUCUAAUUAUCUCUCAUAAAAAACGGAUCAAACGGAAGAUCAAAUAAACCGGCGCUCGAGCUUUACUGGGGGAUUAAACCGAGUCCAGCCUGGGAGACGCUCUGAUCCUGCGCGCGCUCUCACUCAAACUUGCUCACACACACACACACACACACACACCCCGCACACCGCACACACAAGCACGCGCGCAGGCGGAGAGUGAAGAUACUGAAGGUCUGUCUGAGGAGCUGCUGGUGCUGAAGAUCUACUGAGAGCUGAUCCUGUUCACUUCAUCCCCACAGACUUUUUAUCGGAUUCUCUCCUUUCUCUGGGAACCAUAACCGAUGGCCCAAAAUGUCGACUAACAACAACAUCGCCCAGGCCAGGAAGCUGGUGGAGCAGCUGCGGAUAGAGGCUGGCAUCGAGCGCAUCAAGGUGUCUAAAGCUGCUGCUGAUUUGAUGAGUUACUGUGAGCAGCACGCCCGCUCCGAUGCCCUUCUGGUGGGGGUGCCCACCUCUGAGAACCCCUUCAAAGACAAGAAGCCGUGCAUCCUGCUAUAGCCGCCUCCACACCACCGCGCCGCCCGCACCACCCUGCACCACCCUGCACCAGGAACCCGCUCUAACACACACGCCACACUUUGCCGGUCACGCCGGAGGGGUAAUAGACCUGAACCCCCCCAGCACCAUGUAGCCCCAGACUGAGUGCAUCUAUAUGGAUGAAUAUGUGAAUCGGCGCAUGUGCGGCUCCGUGUUCACUCAUGUAGAUACACCCAGCAGCUGGAGCGGCAGAUUAUUAUUGAUUUUUCUUUUACAAAACCAUCUCAAAAUCUACAGCACGAGUUUUAGAAAGAAGGAUGAUUUCGGGAUGAACGGAGGUAGAGAGAGGAUCAGUCGCGAUCAUCUGGCUGACCAGCUGGCUGGCCAGUCACACUGCAGCCAUGGCUGUCCAGGUUGAACCUCCCAUUCGCGAGUUGAAGGUAGAUUUAUGUGGCCAAACACAACCCAACCCCACAUCCGCCUCCGCCUCCGAAGCACGUCUGAUUUCCGAAGGGAAUUUAACGCGUUAACACAGAGUUGCCAAUCGGUUCUCCGCAGUUUCUCAGUCCGUUCACGAGUUCCAGCUUUUCAUCGACAGGCGCUUUGACGCUUUCGUUUUCUACUCUUCGUUUUCUACUACACUUCAAAGCCCUUCUAAGGUCCCGACGCCUACGGACAUACAUACACAUACAUACACAUACAUCCAUACAUUACACCUAAUACGCGACGUAUCUGCCUUUUUUGGGAAACAGUGAUUCCGAACACACGGCCCCUGCUUACUUGAAACGGUUUGAAAAUUUUGGAGAUUUGUACAGAUGAUUGCUUCACACGUUUGUCGUCAGCAUUUUUGAACCUUAAAGGGAAAAAUAACGAACCCAAUUCUUUGUCCGUGGUGGUCCGAAGGCCGAUCUCGAUCUCUAAAGCCAAACUUGAUUGUAAAAUCCACACAGGAAGGAAAACCAACAUGUAGAAACUUUCUUUCGGACGUGUGUCCUGGUGUUAACUUUGAGAAAAUAGCUGUUUUUUGGAUUUGUUCGUUCUUCUUUCUAUGGACUCUAUGGAACCUGGUCAUUCAGUAACAUGCUGUACAGUGUUUGAUAAAACCUGAAGCGCAUUAACGUUUAUUUGUGGAUGUUCUCUCUUUUUUCCAUCCUGACUGACUCUGUCCUGGUAGGGCGGGGGGUGGAGCUCUGGAGAUGGGGGCGGGCUGUAAGGCAGCUGUUUUGCUGUUGCUGGAUGAGGAGGUCAGUUGAUUACAGGGUUUAGGAGAGUGUUUAGUGGUUUGGUCAGGGGGACAGGGCGUACAGCGAUGAACUGACCACAGGUCCAAGCCUCUGCUUGACCCACAUCCCUGAACACACGCAGUACAUAAUCUGAGCCAUGCUGUGGUUUCCUAAUAAACCCUCAACAGGCCGCGGCAGACGCUGUUUAACAAUGGUCCAAUUCAGCAGCGGCCGCUGCAGCGAGGGGAGAACCGUGCCAUUGUCCAGCCGCGGUCAGAGGCAGCAACACAACAGGGGAAAAUUAGGGCUCUCUGAAAGAACAGCCUGCAGGACUCGGUCAUUCAUAUCCUAACUGCGCUGACCGGCUCAGAGGAGGACUCUCAGAGAGCCAUUCAGAAUCCAGCUGAACUCGAAUGACCGCUCUGAGCUAGACGUGCAGAGAAGGUUCUAAUUCUGCUCAGCUUCUUCUGUUCUUGUGGAAAAGUCGAUUGUCCCGGUGCUGCAGGCUGCGGUCGAACAGAGCAGUGCCUUCAGCAGCUCGCUGCGCGCUAGCGGUCAGACACACACCGGCUAGCCGACAGGCAGAGCGCCUCAUAACGAAACACUGACCCGUAGCUGUGAGAUUGAAAUGUCCAGCAUUUUUACUGAAAUGUCCAGCAUAGUCACUGAAAUGUCCAGCUAAUUCACUAAAAUGUCCAGCUAAUUCACUGAAAUGUCCAGCAUAUUCACUGAAAUGUCCAGCAUAUUCACUGAAAUGUCCAGCAUAUUCACUGAAAUGUCCAGCAUAGUCACUGAAAUGUCCAGCUAAUUCACUAAAAUGUCCAGCAUAGUCACUGAAAUGUCCAGCUAAUUCACUGAAAUGUCCAGCUAAUUCACUAAAAUGUCCAGCUAAUUCACUGAAAUGUCCAGCAUAUUCACUAAAAUGUCCAGCAUAUUCACUAAAAUGUCCAGCAUGUGGACGGUGCAGGAGCCGCUUAGUGCCAAACCUCAGUGUCGUCUCAGUGGGGUUAUCAAUCGCUUAUCAAUCACUUAUCAAUCAGACCGAUUCCUGCAGGCAGAAGAGUUUGAUCAGGAAAUGAGUGACGCUACGUGCGGCUCAGAGGAUCGAGAACGAUAAAAACUGCACAGGCUGAAAAUUUGAGUUUUUUUUUUUUAGAACUUCUAAAAUAUUCAAGAGUUUAAGAAAAUAUUUAAGAACUUUUUUCCAAUGAAUAGAAACGUAUUUUCUCUUUCUGACCCCAUUUACACCUGGUCACUUCAUGCGUCUUGAGAUGAAUUUAAAUCAGAUACAGAUCUGAUCGAUCGGAGCACUUUAGGAGUAGAACUGAGACGCAUCUGAGCCGCAUGGCAUCGCAGCGUAAACACAUCCGUCUCUCUAAGAUGCAUUCAACACCCAAACCCCCUCCCAGUACAAACAUCACCCCUCCCAGUACAACCGAAACUCCUCCCAGUACAAACAUAACCCCUCCCAGUACAACCGAAACUCCUCCCAGUACAAACAUCACCCCUCCCAGUACAACUUGCAGUGUGUGAACAGGUCCUAAGCGGCUCUGAGGAGUCCAGGGGCCGGUUUGCGUAAUCCGCCUGUAUUCCUACUGGAUUUGGAAGCUUUAAGAAGUUUUAAAUUGAAAUGCAGUGGAUUCGAUGACAUUUCAGUUUACGUCUUUUUAUUGUAAUUAUUUUUAUUAUGUUAUUAGCAGUCAGUUAAACAGUCCUGAGAUGUGGGGGUGCUGCGGCCCCCCAGUGACCCCCAGUGAUCCCCAGUGACCCCCUGGGUCCCUGUGAUAGACCCACUAUCUUUGCCUGCUUCUCCCCGUCAGCGCUAUAAUGACCUGACUGGACCGUCAGCACGUUCUCCUCUCGCAGCCGCCUCCACACAGUCCAGCAGCAGAGAGAUGAGGCAUUGUGGGUAAAGGGGGUAGUGGGUAGCGGAUAGGUUCUCCAUUAGAACCCCAUCUCCAUCUCUUUGUGUUCUUUCCUGUGUACGCAUACGUAUCUGCCUUGAUUCUGGAGAAAUAUAUCUAUUUUUUGUAACUGUUCUUCUCGGAUGUGCCAUAAGAUCAUGUUUCUCUUGCACACUCUUAAUAUUUUGUGGAUAUUGCUGUUUAAGAAUUCUGACAAAGUAGAAAGAAAAUAAAGAUGGAAACUGUUACUCUGCA